AUGCAAGGCGCGCGACAAUCGGACGUGUUCUUCGGCGAACGCGAGAGCGGGCAAGACGUGAGGCAAUCGAACGUGACCGCAGUUCAAGCGGUGGCGAACAUCGUGAAGAGCAGUUUAGGACCCGUUGGGUUGGACAAGAUGCUCGUGGACGAUAUCGGCGACGUGACGAUAACCAACGACGGCGCGACGAUUUUGAAACUUUUAGAGGUGGAACAUCCGGCGGCGAAGAUUUUGGUCGAACUGGCGGAGUUACAAGACCGCGAAGUUGGCGAUGGGACCACGUCCGUGGUCGUGUUAGCCGCGGAGUUGCUAAGAAGAGCGAACGAUUUAGUGAGACAAAAGAUUCAUCCGACGUCGGUGAUUGCCGGGUAUCGAUUGGCGGCGAAGGAGUGCGUGAAGUAUUGCGAGAAACACAUGGCGCGAAAGGUGGAAGAUUUAGGAAUGGAAACGAUUAAGAACGUGGCAAAGACGAGCAUGAGCUCGAAAGUUGUUGGGAUGGAUUCAGAUUUCUUCGCCGGUUUAGUCGUGAACGCGUGCGAGAAAGUGAAGACGUACGACGAUAUGGGCGACGUGAAGUAUCCGAUAAAUCGAGUGAACAUUUUGAAGGCGCACGGGAAAUCGGCGAAAGAGAGCGAAGUUUUAGAUGGGUACGCGCUGAAUUUAGGCCGGUCGGCGCAAGGUAUGCCGACGCACGUGUCGAACGCGAAAAUCGCGUGCUUGGAUUUCAACUUGCAAAAGACGAAAAUGUUGUUUGGGAUUCAAGUUUUAGUCAACGAUCCGAAAGAGUUGGAAAGAAUUAGAGAAGAAGAGUCGGCGAUUACCUCGAGAAGGAUUCAGAUGGUGUUGGAAGCGGGUGCGAAUGUUAUUCUGUGUACCAAAGGUAUCGAUGAUAUGGCGUUAAAGUAUUUCGUAGAAGCUGGGGCGAUUGCGUGUCGACGCGUGCCGAAAGAAGAUUUGAAGAGAGUCGCGCGGGCAACGGGCGCGCAGGUUUUGAGCUCAUUAUCUGAUAUGGACGGGAACGAAUCCUUCGACCCAACGCAUUUAGGGGAAGCGAAAGAAGUGUUCGAAACGAGAGUGAGCGAUGACGAGAUGAUUUUAAUUAAAGGCUGCAAAUCCUCGCAAGCGUGUACCAUGCUCUUGAGAGGCGCCAACGAUUACUUCCUGGACGAAAUCGAUCGGUCUUUACACGACGCCUUGUGCGUCGUCAAACGUUGCUUAGAAUCCGGUUCGGUCGUUCCGGGAGGAGGAGCCGUCGAAUCCGCGUUAUCUGUUCAUCUCGAACAAAAAUCCGUCUCGUUGGGUUCGCGCGAACAACUCGCCGUCGCCGAAUUCGCCGAGGCGUUGUUGUGCAUCCCGAAAACUUUAGCCGUCAACGCGGCCAAGGAUUCCACCGAUUUAGUCGCAAAACUACGAGCCUACCACUUCGCCUCUCAAUCCGGCAAGGAAGAGGACAAACACUACGCCAGUUACGGUUUAGACUUACACAAAGGCGAGUUGAGAGACAACCUCGCCGCCGGCGUCCUCGAACCGACGAUGAGUAAGUGCAAAUCGUUCAAGUUUGCCGCCGAAGCCGCUAUUACGAUUUUACGAAUCGACGAUAUGAUCAAGUUGGAGAAAGAGGACGGCGACGGGCGAGACGGGUUUUAG